AUGGGAAAAGUGAAGAACUCAGCUCAACAAGCCGAUUCAUCCAAGAUAGAGAAGCAUGCAGAGCCUGAAGGAAGUCGAAGGUCACUCUCAGAUGGCGAACCUGAAUCGCUUCCGCCGAGAAACGAUCCGUCGGCGUCCGAUGCUAUUCCUGAGGUCACCGAGGAACUUGACUCCUUCAACACUGCGAAUGAGAAAGCUCCCUCAGAGGAGAGUGAUGAAAGAACUCCGGGUCUUGGAGAAGAUCCAUCUGCUAAAGUUCCUGAAGCAGAUCCGCAACCGCAGAAAGAACCCUCCAGUGCUGUCGUUCCAGCUGCUCCAGUCACUGAUAAAUCGCCGUAA